CCCACUUGCAGUUAUGGCCGUCAAAGGAGGAGUGGUUCUUUUAGUCUCCAUAUUCCUUGUAACAUUACUGAACCCUGUGCAUGGAUUUGAGCUACAAGUUAAUGCCAGCAAUUUCAUUUUUAAAGAAACAUCGAUCAGCAUUGAACUGCACAGUGAAGCCCUUGAUGUGACAAUCCCUAUCGGGCCAAUACUCAAUCAUGAAAGUGCUUCUAGCAAGUCCGGUGACAUAGAAAGCAGUAAAGGCGCUAUUAUCACUUGGACUGUUAUUCUCAUGGACAACCAACAAAAUAACUUCACUCUCCCUCUUCAAGAAACCGUUCAAAGCAAUGAUACUUCACUAAGUUUGACUAUAUAUGGUACUAUUGAAGAACCUCGUGUUUGGUCACUAGGAACUGGUCUGGAAUCAAGGAAAUGUCAAACAAAAACUUUGAAAUGUGCCACAACCUCCGAAACUACUCCAGCUUUUGUGUACGACGAGGCAUUGCUUAAGAUUGUUAACUAUUUAUCUGAUCCAAUCAGUGUCAAUCAACUGUCAGCCAUUUGCUACACGGUAAGGAUGCCUUCUUAGUUGUAAUACCACAAAACCUAAUAAUU